UAUUAGCAGUAUUAAACGCUAUUAUGUGUAACAGUUCUGCAGUAAUAUAAUCGCGCAAUAAUACAACAGCAAGUACAUAGAUCAGAAGAAUUGCAAAUAAUAUACCUUAAAAAUACAACGCACGCACGAAAGGAAAAAGUGAAAUCCAUGAAGAUAUAAUGACUACCAAGCUUGCAAUCAAGCAUAAAGACUCCCUAGUCUUGAAGGAAAACAGACUGCACGAAAAGAAUUACACGAUCCAACAGUCCAGACUGAAGAGAUAUCAGCACCUAUCGCUUCCUUGGUCAACCUUGAGCGUGUUCGUAGUCUACUGGUUUGUUCUCUGUCCCUUAAUUUGGGCCAUAUGUUACAAAUUCGCAUACUGGCCUUCGUAUUGGUCUUUUCUCUUCUGGGCAGUCGCGUUUCUGAUUUGGAUCGUAAUUAUGUGCGGAUUAAUAAUUUUCUGGAGACGUUUCCAAAUUAAACAAAGUCUUGAAAUUAAUGCGAUCUCGAAAUAUGGUUCGGACAAAGAGAGGAGACCCCUGAGCGUUCAUCAGAUAUCAUCUGAAGGCGAGGAAUUUCUAGGUACGAAGAAAUGGAAUGAUUCUCACAAAUCGGAAUCUAAAAUCGAUCGAGAAAACCUCAGGAAGGAUCUACCGCCUUUGAUGAUACAUAAACAAAUAUCAGGUGAAAACAUCGAAGAUACUGAUGGAGUGGUGUUUGUCGAAGAAAAUGAGAAAAAUCGCUUAAGCAUCGCUAGUGAUUAUGCUCAGAAAAGUCCCCUGCAGGAUUAUCUGAAGCUGGUAACGGUAUCGCUCUCGGAAGAUGAGAUAAAAUCCUCGAAGACGCCUAUGUCGCCGAGGGAUUUAUUCUUCAUCGAUCUGAUCCGCGAAGCAGAGAGGGUUGAGAGAUCGUUGAACACUAGAACGCAUUUCUUCCCGAGCGAAAUAACUAAGAGUGAUAGUGCGGAAACCGUGAAAAGUAUAACGAAUGGAACGGAUAUGGAGAAUGUGGAGCAUAGAAAAAAUGUAAAAGAUACGAAGGAUGAGAAUAUAAAGGACAAAAAGGAUAAUAAAUUGAGGUCAAAGCGCGAAUCAAGUUACUUCAUAGCUAACGUGGAGAGUUCAACAAGUGAGAAAACUGAGGUCUUCCUUCAGAUCAAUCCAAACGUGGACGAAGAGACUGGAUUAAUUGUGGUGGAAAAACCGAUGAUAAUAUUGCAAUCCAAUGAAGCAUAUUCGCAGGAAACCUUCACUUCACCAUUAAUUAAAGAGUUCGAGAAAUAUGUGAUCUAAACGAAGGAAAGAGUUGAAGUGUUUAAGAAAAAGCUGCUGUAUAAAUAAAAGAUACUAGAAAUACACUAAAAAUGAUAAAAGUGUUGGAUUAAACCUUGUUCUCUUCUACAAAAGUUACGAUUAUUAUCACAUAUAUUUAUGUACAUUAUCAGACAUACAUCAGAUACACAUUUUAUCAAUUUGGAAUCAACAGUAAUGUCUUAUAUUUCCGAAGAAAGUUUUGAAGUAAAGAAGUUUCUUUCAGAUGAAUGCUGCCUGCUGCCAAAUCAGAUCAUG